AUGGUGGGCGUGACGGUGCACCUUCUCGCCGGGCUCCUCUUGCUCUCGCUCGCUACGCGCUUCGUUCCCUCCACAGCCAUGGCCUCUCCCCUCCUGCGUGAGGUGCUGAGGAACGACCGGUUCGGUUGGGCGGGCGUGGUGGUGUGGCAUGUGCUGCUGGUGAUGGGGUUCAUCUUCGUCGCCCACAUCACAGAGAAGCGGCCCAACCCUCUCCGCAGCCGCCGUGGGCACUAUCGGCACGUGCUGAUCCAUCCUGUGGUGGCGGUGGCGGUGGCGGUGGCGGUGGCGGUGGCGGUGGCGGUGGCGGUGGCGGUGGCGGUGGCGGUGGCGGUGGCGGUGGCGGUGGCGGUGGCGGUCGUGGGCGCGCUCUUCCAGCUCGACCCGCGCGCAGACGCAGAGGCGUUUGCACUUCUGUACAAUUAUCUGUUCUUUGUUGUUCCAUUCUACGCGGGCCUGCACAUCACCUACAUGGACAAGAACCUCUUCCUGCGCGCCGUGGGCGACAAGGCACCUCACCUCCUCCCUCCCGGUAACUGCAAUCAGCGCCUUGUCGUGCCGAGUCGGUGGAAGACCUACACGAAGAAGGAGCUGAUUGCUUUGGCCGUUUUGCUUGGUUUCCUCCUCUUCGUGGCGUCCUGUCAAGUCAUCUUGCUGGCUCUCGAUGGCCUUUUGCUCUGGUACGCGCUGGCCUACGGGUGUGUACUGGCGGCCAUCGGCGUAGCGUCAUACAUAAUUCGAAAGACGCACGAGAUACACGUCCACCACUACCUGUUCGCUCAUGACCGGUAA